AUGGAAGGUGCUUCGUAUGCGCGCAUGCCGAGGGUGAAAAUCCGUGAGCUGAAGGACGAUUACGCUAAGUUCGAGCUACGGGACACAGAUGCGAGUAUGGCGAACGCGCUGCGGCGCGUGAUGAUCGCGGAGGUGCCGACAAUUGCAAUAGAUCUGGUGGAGAUAGAGGUGAAUUCUUCGGUGCUGAACGACGAGUUCAUAGCGCACAGACUCGGCCUCAUCCCGCUCACGAGUGAGCGAGCCAUGUCCACGCGCUUCUACGUGACUGCGAACGCGUGUGACGGGGAUGGUCAGUGUGAAUUCUGUUCCGUGGAGUUUCACCUUAGGGUUAAGUAUUUCUCUGACCCUGCUGCCACUGAUUCUUCCGAGAACAGAGGGGUUAUCAUUGUGAAGUUGAGGCGAGGACAAGAGCUGAGGCUGAGAGCGAUAGCUAGGAAGGGGAUUGGCAAAGAUCAUGCCAAGUGGUCACCUGCUGCAACUGUCACUUUCAUGUAUGAACCAGAGAUUCAUAUAAAUGAGGACUUGAUGGAGACACUGACUCUUGAGGAGAAAAGAGAAUGGGUUGAUAGCAGUCCUACACGUGUGUUUGACAUUGAUCCAGUAACACUACAGGCAAUGAUGGUUGACUCUGAGGCAUACUCGUAUGAUGAUGAGGUGAUUAAGAAAGCAGAAGCCAUGGGGAAGCCUGGGCUUGUGGAAAUCAUUGCAAAGCAGGAUAGCUUCAUAUUCACAGUUGAAUCUACUGGAGCAAUUACAGCUUCUCAAUUAGUUCUAAAUGCCAUAGAAAUUCUCAAACAGAAGCUGGAUGCUGUGCGGCUAUCUGAAGAUACAGUGGAGGCGGAUGAUCAGUUUGGUGAGCUAGGUGCACAUAUGCGAGGAGGAUGA